AUGCAAGAAGCCAAGGUACGCUCUUUAUGUGUGAUCUGGGGGUAUAUCAUUGAUGCAAGAAGCCAAGAGUCUGUGCCCAGAUUGGGCUUCGGCUACCAGGUGCUUCCCCCUACGGAGGUGGUAACGGUUGCUGGGGCGGAGUUACUGCUACCCUGCCAGCCAACCAGGACAGCUGCUGACCCGCCCAGCGUUAGCUGGACCCACAACGGCACCCUCGUUAGUGGCUCUCGUCGUUACGUCCUGCCCAAUGGCACCUUGCUCAUUACUGAGGUUACAGCGAGCGACAAGGGGCAGUACCAGUGUAUGUUACACCGUGCGGGCUACUCUGUCACCUCAGCAAACCUCAGCCUCUUCCUCGCAAGUGAGUAACACACA